CGGUCAGCCAUUUAUUUCUUCGCCUUGCUCUAUUCCUUUCUGGGAAUUUCCAUCAUUGCGGACAUUUUCAUGCGAUCCAUCGAAACUAUAACUUCAAGAACCUCUACUAUAACAGUUGCUGAUAGAUUCCAUGGCACCAGGGAAGUAACAGUCAAAUUCUGGAACGGAACCGUGGCGAAUUUAACGCUGAUGGCGCUUGGUUCCAGCGCUCCUGAAAUUUUACUGUCUAUCAUAGAGAUCGUUGGGAACGGUUUCAAAGCAGGUGCGCUGGGGCCUGGAACUAUUGUGGGAUCUGCGGCCUUCAACAUGCUGUGUAUCACGGGAAUAUGUGUCAUGUGUCUUCCGGAGGGUGAAACUAGACGUAUACGGAGUAUUAAGGUAUUCGCAGUUACUUGUAUCUUCAGUGUGUUUGCCUAUAUUUGGUUGAUAGUCAUAUUAGUGUUGGUGACCCCUAAUUAUAUUGACUUAUGGGAAGCAAUUCUUACCCUGUUAUUUUUCCCGAUAUUAGUUAUCUUAGCGUAUAUCGUAGAUAAAGAUUUUUGUAACAAGAAAUCAGCUGUUGGUGCCAGUGAAACUGAACUUGGAAUAGGUAAGGUUACCCUUCCAAAAUUGGAGUGUGGGCAUAUGGGCAAAGUAAGCGAUCUCACGGAUCAAUGGACGAUAUCAGAUUUGUAUAACACUCACUACAGACACUACAGACACCAACAGAAACACAUUUUAUCUGAAGAAGAUGAAGCUCGAAUUGCUGCUGGCAUCAUUGCUAAGAAUACUCCUCAUGAUCGUGGAUGGUACAGAAUGAAUGCUAUUAGACAAAUGACAGGGCAUGCCAAGCUAAAUCCCCAGUUGAACAACAAACAAUCCGAGAAGAUAGUACAUGACGUGAAUUUUGAUUCAAUCGACAAAGAAGACGAUGAAGUCGAUGGGGGACCAUUAGCUGUGGUGGAAUUUGCUGCUACAUCUACUGCAGUUCUAGAAAAAGAAGGUCGUGCUAAGGUCAUCUUGACGAGACAUGGCAACACAGAAAAUAGGGUGCUCGCAAGGAUCGAGACAAUCGAUGGUACAGCGGAAGCCAACUCGGACUAUAUCCCAGUAAAAACAACAGUUGUAUUCGAACCCGGAGAGACGUCCAAACAUAUAGAUAUAGAAAUAAUAGACGACAAUAUCUACGAACCAGAUGAAGUAUUCUUUAUCAAAGUGAAUGUAGAAACAGACCAGGAAGCUAUAACAGGGAGUAGGGCCAUCUGUCAAAUCACCAUUUUGAACGAUGACGAGCCCGGAACAUUUGAAUUUGAGAAACCUAGCUAUGUGUUUAAAGAGAGUAUUGGUGUAGCCAGCAUCCCAAUCCUGAGAUCACAUGGUGCUGACGGCAGGGUGAUGCUCAAAUGGAAGACGAAGGAUAUGACCGCUAUCAGUAAUCGAGAUUAUGAAGGAGGAGAUGGUCAGUUGAUCUUUGAGCAUGGUGAAAUGGUGAAAAUGGUGGAGAUUCCGAUUCAUGAUGAUCAUGUAUUUGAAAAAGAUGAACAUUUCGAGCUGGCCAUUGAUCAGCUGUCCGAAGGCGCUAAAUAUGGUCGAAUCAAAAGAACAAUUGUCACUAUAAUGAACGAUGAUGAGUUCAAAGGGGUUGUAAGUCGUAUUGUGAACAUGACCAAUGCUAAUCUAGAUGCUAUUAAACUGGAGACUAUAACCUGGGGUCAGCAAUUUCACCAGGCCAUGAACGUUAAUGGAGGCGACACGGAAAAUGCUACAUCGUUUGAUUACGUUAUGCAUUUCCUCAUGUUUGGUUGGAAGGUGAUAUUUGCUAUCGUUCCUCCACCGUCAAUCUGGGGUGGCUGGCUAUCGUUCUUUGUAUCUCUGGCUUUUAUUGGAUUGCUAACGGCCAUAGUUGGCGAUUUAGCUGGAAUAUUUGGAUGUUUGAUUGAUUUAAAAGACGAAGUUACAGCUAUAACCUUUGUAGCAUUAGGAACCAGUUUGCCCGAUCUAUUCGCCAGUCGACAAGCGGCAAUAAAUGAAAAGUAUGCUGAUGAUUCUGUUGGUAAUGUAACGGGAAGUAACUCUGUUAAUGUGUUCCUUGGAUUAGGGCUGUCCUGGGUUAUCGCUGCUUCAUAUUGGAGCGUUAAGGGACAAACAUUUAAUGUGAACGCCGGGUCUUUAAGUGUCAGUGUUAUAUUAUAUACAGUGUGUGCGCUAUUAGCUAUAUUGUUACUCCUGAUCAGACGCUAUACGGCUGUGUUUGGUAAAGCUGAACUCGGGGGCCCUACAAUACCCAAAUAUGGAAGUGCUAUGUUUUUGAUAUUUUUGUGGAUUUUUUAUGUCAUAAUGUCCUCGCUGGAAGUUUAUGAAUACGUUGAU